AUGAUCUUCUCUGAUCUUGAGGAAACCUACCACGGCGAACACAUAUAUGAUACGCUUGAUUCGGCAAGCCCAGAGAUUCGAGACAACAACAAAGAUUUCGAGUUAUACCGCCGUUUACAGAGAGGCGGCCGUCAAGUACUUGAUCCUUCAGAGCUAAGCGGCACUCCCGAGGCUUUCAGCAACACUGGCGGCAACCAAGAAAACGCUGGCUGGAAGCUCGACAAGUGGAAGUUCAUGCCCAUGGUUAACAGAACUUUCCACGAGUAUCCAGAUAUGAAGUGGUAUGUCUUCAUCGAGGCCGAUACAUUCCUGCUCUGGACGAUGCUGCAACAAUACUUGUCUCGUUUGGAUCACACCAAGGCCAUCUAUGCUGGUAGCCCGUCUUUUAUCGCCGACGAGCUGUUCGCACACGGAGGAUCCGGCUUCAUUCUGUCACAACCGGCAUUGAGCUCCGUAGCCACGUACUAUGCGUCUCACAAACCUGAGAUUGAGCAGCUCACCGAAGGACACUGGGCUGGUGACUGCGUCCUAGGCAUAUUCACUCGUAGGUCUGGAGUGCAAUUUCAUAACAUCUGGCCGCAUUUCCAGGGAGACUAUCCUGGGUUACUGCCGUACGCUCGAGCGGAUGGACGGCCAGUCAUGGACGACAAACUUCGAGAAUGGUGCUAUCCAACCGUAUCGUACCACCACAUGUCGUCCGAUAUGAUUCGCGACUUCUGGCAUUUUGAACAAGAGUGGGCGAAAAGUCACGACCAGACUGAAACACUGCUCAACAAAGAUGUCUUCAGAGAUUUUGUAAUGCCUCAGAUGAUGGAAGGGAAGGCAGACUGGGAUAACCUGAGUGAUGCGGAAGUAGCUGAUGCUAAGAGCGUUGAGGAAUGCCGGACCAGAUGCGAAGUGCAGCCCGAUUGUAAGCAAUACUCAUUCGAAACAGCGACUAGGAAGUGCAGGACACGGAUCGACCCCAGGCUGGGCAAGCCAACGAAUGGAACGAUAUCGCACUGGCUGUGGUCGAGAGUACAGCAUUUUGAACAAGACAUGGCGCCGUGUGGUGCAGAGAGCUGGAGAGAUCCAUAUGUGUGGCCAUGA